AUUGCAUUGGUUCUGCCUUUAAUACAAAAGGAGCGAUGCAGUGCCCCAAUUGUCGCAAAAUUGAGAAAGGUCAAUGGCUUUAUGCUAAUGGUUGUCAUCCAUUUCCUGAGUUUAACAUGGAUGAUUGGGCCCAUGAUGAGGAUCUUUAUGAUCUGAGCUACUCCGAAAUGGAGAAAAAAUGGGAAAAUAUUGAGAAGAUUUGGCUGAUGGAAAUGAAGAAAUCUGAUGAUCUUCUUGUGAUGCAGAAUCUAUGUGUGAGAUGA